AGGUGCGGGCAGCAGGCUGCGGGAAUGGCGUCCGUGGUGCUGAGCGAGGCGGAGAAGCUCUACAUCGUGCACGGCGUCCAGGAAGACCUUCGUGUAGAUGGUCGAGGCUGUGAAGACUACAGAUGUGCAGAAGUAGAAACAGAUGUUGUAUCGAACACAGGUGGAUCUGCAAGAGUAAAGCUGGGAGAAACUGAUAUCUUGGUAGGCAUAAAAGCUGAAAUGGGGACACCAAAGCUGGAGAAACCAGACGAAGGUUACCUGGAAUUUUUUGUUGACUGUUCUUCAAAUUCUCCUGAGUUGGAAGGCCGGGGAGGAGAAGAGCUUGGCACAGAUAUAGCAAAUACUCUGUACAGAGUAUUCAGCUGCGAGAACAGUGUAGACUUGAAAUCCCUUUGUAUUAAUCCCAAAGAGCACUGCUGGGUUCUCUAUGUGGAUGUAUUGUUACUGGAAUGUGGUGGGAACAUCUUUGAUGCAAUCUCUAUCGCAGUGAAGGCAGCUCUCUUUAACACAAGAAUACCCAAAGUGCGUGUUCUGGAGGAUGAAGAAGGCACCAAAGAGAUUGAGCUCUCUGAUGAUCCUUAUGACUGUAUACGACUUAAUGUAGAUGAGGUGCCCUGUAUUGUCACACUAAGCAAAAUUGGAUAUAGGCACGUGGUGGAUGCUACCCUUCAGGAAGAAGUCUGUUCUUUGGCAAGCCUGCUUAUUUCAGUGACCAGUAAGGGUGCCAUCACUUCUAUGAAGAAGGUGGGGAAAGGUAGCCUGGAUCCUGAGAGUAUUUUUGAAAUGAUGGAGACAGGACAAAGGGUAGGCAAGUCACUUCACAUAGCCCUUCAGAAGAUUUUGGAUGAAGAAGAGAGUUUGGGGACUUCACGACCAAAAGUUGGAUUUCUAGGAUGAAUUUUUGUUAAAUGUUCAAAACUGUUUUUAAUUGAUUGUGCAAUCUUGUCAGUUUGUAUAUAAAGUAAAGGUUUUUUUUUUUGUUCCAGUAGAGUCAUCCUCCUGGCUAAGAGGCUUUCAGAAUGUUACUAAGAAUGAAGAAAGCUACAGUUAAAGGCACAUAAGCAAAUUUGAGGUGCUUUCCAUGUGGGUAGCUGCUGGCACCUAGGAGGUGAACCAGCAGCAAUUGGUGCUGUUGCCUGGGAAGUGCUUGAGUCUGUUUUCCAGAGUGACUGGUGUACUUUCCAUUUCAUUCUGUUUUCAUGUGUUUCACUUCUGUAAACUAACUGCUGUGUCCUAGAAUGCAUAUGGGAUUGUCUUCCCAGUGCAACACAAAUGAGAGCAGCACUAGGUGGAAAUCUUCCUUCAAAUUAUCUUACUGUUCUUUGAAUAAAAUGUGGUUAGAUUUUACUAUAAAUA